GUCUUCGGGGAAAGCGCAAACCCAGCAGCUGCACAGCGAUUUGCAGAAAGCGGCGAUUGCAAUGUUAACUGCGGGGAAUAACUGUGCCGUAUCUAGCUUUGCAAAAGAUGGCUGAAGAUUACUGGGAGUAACGACUCUGGGAAAGUAUUGAUUCCGAGAAAAGGCAUCCGUUUCGAGGAGGCUAGCCCCUCAGCCCGCCCUCCUCUGCCCCACCCCGCCCCUCCUAGCACGCUGUCCCCCUGAUGGACAGGAUGAAGAAAAUCAAGAGGCAGCUGUCCAUGACCCUCCUGGGGAGCCGGCCCACCGAGAAAAACCUGUCCAAGCUGACUGAGCCGGUCAAUAUAGAGGACAGCGCGGCCAGCGACAACGAGCCCAUGGUGAGGAAUGGUAAGCCGGCUGGCUCCCAGAGCAUGCACUCCUUCCUGCACCAGUAUGCCUCCAGCGCGGGCGCCUCUCUGCGCAAACCUCCCCUGCGCCGGCCGCACAGCACCGCGGGGCGCAGCCUGAGCUCCUAUCUCCGCAGAAACAGCCGGCUAGAGAUCGUGCAGGAGGAUCUGAAGAUGGGCUCGGACGGGGAGAGUGACCAGGCUUCGGCCACCUCUUCGGACGAGGUCCAGUCGCCGGUCAGGGUGAGGAUGCGCAACAACCCCGCCCGCAAGAUCUCCAGCGAGGACAUUAACAAGCGUCUCUCCCUGCCUGCGGACAUCCGGCUUCCUGACGGAUACCUGGAGAAGUUCGCUCUCAGCAGCCCCCCGUUUGACAAGCCCCUGAGUCGACGUCUCCGCAGGGUCUCUCUGUCUGAGAUCGGGUUCGGAAAGCUGGAGACAUACGUGAAACUGGACAAGCUUGGAGAGGGUACCUAUGCCACAGUGUACAAGGGAAAAAGCAAGCUGACUGAUAACCUGGUGGCGCUGAAAGAGAUCAGGCUGGAGCACGAGGAGGGGGCUCCGUGCACAGCGAUCAGAGAGGUCUCCUUGCUGAAAGACUUGAAGCACGCCAAUAUCGUGACUCUGCACGACAUCAUCCACACAGAGAAGUCCCUGACUCUGGUGUUUGAGUAUCUGGAUAAGGAUCUCAAGCAGUAUUUGGAUGAUUGUGGCAACUGCAUUAUGAUGCACAAUGUGAAGCUGUUUCUGUUCCAGCUGCUGAGAGGGCUGGCGUACUGCCACAGCAGAAAGGUCCUGCACCGAGACCUCAAACCGCAGAACCUGCUGAUCAACGAGAGAGGGGAGCUCAAACUGGCUGACUUCGGUCUGGCCCGUGCCAAGUCCAUCCCCACCAAGACCUACUCCAACGAGGUGGUGACGCUGUGGUACCGCCCCCCCGACAUCCUACUGGGAUCCACUGACUACUCCACCCCCAUAGACAUGUGGGGGGUGGGCUGUAUAUUCUACGAGAUCUCCGCAGGACGGCCGCUGUUCCCCGGCUCCACUGUGGAGGAAGAGUUGCACUUCAUCUUCAAGCUGCUGGGAACCCCCAACGAGGAGACUUGGCCAAGAAUCACCUCCAACGAGGACUUCAGAUCCUACAACUACCCUAAAUACAGGCCCGACUCACUCUGCAACCACGUGCCCAGACUGGACAGCGAUGGUGUUGAUCUGCUGUCCAGACUUCUCCAGUUCGAAGGCAGGAACAGACUCUCGGCAGAGGCUGCGAUGAAACAUCUUUACUUCCACUCGCUGGGAGAGAGGAUCGUCAAACUGCCCGACACUACUUCAAUAUUUGCACUAAAGGAGAUCCAACUGGAGAAGGAACCAGCCUUCCGAACGACUUCCAUACCUGACCCAGCAGCCACCAGUAGCAAGUCAAGAAGACAAAGUUUGCUCUUUUGAGAACAAGAAAUAAGGAAAAAAGAUUAUUAUUAUUGUUAUUAUUAUUAUUAUUAUUAUUAUUAUUAUUAUUAUUAUUAUUAUUAUUAUUAUUGUUUUAAUUUUCUGUUACUUCGAGGGAUGUGUGAACUUCUACAGAAAGGGGCAGGAAUUUUGUUUUGGAGCUUCUGUCAGGAUUCUUUUUUCAGAACUCCAGACCCAAUGACAUCACGAUGAAAGGGGAGACCCCACUCCACCCAGUGACAUCACGGUGAAAGGGGAGACCCCACUCCACCCAGUGACAUCACAGUUAAAGGGGAGACCCCACUCCACCCAAUGACAUCACAGUUAAAUAAUUUUAUUUCAUUCUUUGUUAACUGCCGCCUUUGUAAAUGUUUGAGGUUUUUAGGAGGUAUUCUACGGAUUUUAUCUACCCCAAACCCGGCUCCAUCGCAGAGUCAACUCUCCAUUAUCCUGGGCAACAGAAAGGAGGGAGAGAUAAAAGAUAGAGAAACAUAUAGAAAGCUGCAUCGGAGAGACUGUGAAAUGACUGAAGAAAUUCAAGCUGAGAGCAAGCGCAGUACCAGAGGUCUUAUUAAUGAAGAUACCAGUUGGCUUGUAAAUAGCAAUUCUCUCCAAUCCACGCAGGGCUGCGCCCGGGUUCAAGGAACUGAAUAAAAAAUCACAGCGUUGGAGGCCGGACACUGACAGUUUGUUGUAAAGUUUGUUUGGUUUUGGCGGUGUCUUUUCCUUGCCCAUCUCGAUGACGAUUUAGUCUUUCCAAUAAGUCCUCACUCAGCCACUCGAUAAUGUGGCAGGCGUUGGUCUUCCAAGAGAAAAUUAAAAGCUGUGUGAAUGUGUGUGUGUGGGAGUUUGAGCCAAACCUGCAUUCAAAUCCAAUUCAUUUUUGUUCAAAUGCAAUGCUAUUUUAUUCAAUUACAAUUUCAAAUACAAUUACAAUGUUAUUUUAUUUAAUUACAAUUUCA